UAAAUAUAAUGUUUUUUUUACGACAUCAUGUUGAUCCGGUCAUAAUUUUUAUUAUUAUUUAUAUUUCAAAAAAUGGGUCGUGCAAAUAAUCAAGAAGGCAACAAAAAUGUUAAACAUUCUCCGGAUAAAUUGAAUAAAACUAAAAUAUUUGAUAAGAAAAAAUAUAGAGAAACUAAAUACAGUAAUCAGCACAAAAUUAAUAAAUGGGAGUCGGAGAGAAAACAAAAAUUUUUACGCGAAUUAAAGAACGACACAGACGUGUCUAAAAAAUUCAAGACUUCAUUCGCUGCCAAAACACGUGGAAAUCAAAAGUUUAAUAAAAAUCAAGAGUUGAAACAAAAAGUGUUGAGUGAAAAAUUAAAAAAGAAAGAAGAAAUUCAACGAAAACAAUUGGAAAAAGAGAAAGCACUAAAAAAGUAUAAAGAAAAAAGAGCUGAAACUUAUAAAAAAUUAUGCAAAAAAACUAAAAAAGGUCAACCUGUUAUGAAAGAUCGUAUGGAACUUUUAUUACAAAAAAUUCAAUCAACUAUUAAAUAAUGAAAUACUUAGAAUGUUUAUUUUAAUUUAACUAAUUUAUAUUAUACAUUAAAUUAUAAUUUAUUAAUAAAAUUCAAAAAAUAUCUU